AUGCUCUGCGAAUGGCCGACUGGUGCCGAUGGAAGCUGUGCGAAUAGCCUGGCGAACAUAUUGCCACGGACAGUCAAGCGCCUAACUCUUUAUACGUAUGCAGCUGAUUGCCAAGCAUGGAGGCAUGCUCAUGAUCUUGCUCGGUACUUUGAAACCGGAGCAGACGAUUGGGCUCUCAAACGGCUCAAGAUGAUGAUUGACGACGACUGCUCGGUUGACGGUAUACUUAGGGACCACAAGGCAUGCAUUGCGGCAGGCUGGAAAUUAAAGCAGGCGUAUGCGGCCACCAAAGUGCGGGUGUAUAUAUCUUUUGACCAUGACACGGUGUUGUAUACGGAAACUGGUGCGUUACGUGAGGAUGAUGGCGAUGAGAGCGUCUACUAUGAGUGGUCUACGGGUGACGACUACUGCUCAUCCGCUCAUGAUGAUUCUGACAGUGAGGAAUCUGAUUAUAUUGAGAGUUGA